GUGUGUGUGUGUGUGUGUGUGUGUGUGUGUGUGUGUGUGUGUGUGUGUUGGAUUCAGUUCAGUUCAUCCGCUGCUGCAGCUGCGGACCUUACACCAUCACUAAGUAUGUGAAUGGCAGCAGGAACAGCUUAGCCAGCUCUGACAAUCCCAAGAGUACAGCUGCUGUCUCUGUACCCUUCACACCGGGUGACAUGUCCAAGGGGGAGAAAGCACCGGUUACAUCAGGGGAUAAACUCAUGAUGAAGCACCCUGAUCCUGCUUUCACCAAAGUACCACCACAGACUCAUCUGGAUCAGAAACUCACCGUAUGUAGCAAACUAUGUUUUGCGAUCGGAGGAGCUCCAAAUCAGGUCGCUGGGAGUGCAACCGCAUUCUUUCUUCAGAUAUAUCUUCUCGACAUUGCGCAGAUUAGCCCUUUUCAAGCUUCCAUGGUGUUGUUCAUCGGUAAGGCUUGGGGUGCAGUCACUGACCCCAUUGUUGGAUUCUUCAUUACUAAGAGCAAAUGGACAAAGAUUGGACGACUCAUGCCAUGGAUGGUGGGCUGCACUCCAUUUAUAGUGGUCUCAUAUUUCUACUUAUGGUUUGUUCCACCUUUUACCAACGGGAGGUUCAUCUGGUAUCUGGGGUUCUACUGUCUCUACCAAACGCUCAUCACAUGCUUCCAUGUGCCUUACUCCGCCCUGACCAUGUUCUUGAGCACCGACCAACAGGAAAGAGACUCUGCUACAGCUUACCGUAUGACAGUGGAAGUUCUUGGUACGUUGGUUGGUGCUGCCAUUCAGGGUCAGAUUGUAGCGAGCGCACACACUCUGAAACACUGUCCACAUCGCAACCUGUCAGCUAGUCACUUGGGAAACAGCAGCGGUACUGAGAUCAUCAGGAGCCUGGCACGGUCACAUGACUUCAUGUCUCAUGCUAAGGAAGUUUACAUGAUAGCAGCUGGUGUAAUCGGUGGGCUAUUUCUGGUGUGUACAGUCGUCAUGUUCCUGGGAGUCAAAGAGAGAGAUGAUCCAUAUGCACCUAAAACAGAGAAGGCCACUCCGUUCCAUAAGGGCUUUAUUUUGGUCAUGAAACACGGGUCGUAUCUCACUCUAACAGCAUCUUUUCUGUUCAUAUCUGUAGCCAUCCAGUUGAUACAAAGUAACUUUGUGUUGUUCUGCACGUAUGCAGUGGAUCUACGAGAACACUUUCAAAACAUAGUUCUGACCAUUCUGAUGUCAGCUGCAUUGAGCAUUCCAUUCUGGCAGUGGUUUCUUGAGAAGUUUGGAAAGAAGACAGCGGCUUUCUGCGGCAUCACGUGGAUUAUGCCAUUCACAGUGAUGCUAGUGUUUAUUCCUAAUCUGAUCGUGGCAUAUGUUGUGGCCGUAUCAUCGGGGCUUAGUAUUGCUGCUUCUCUCUUGUUACCAUGGUCAAUGUUGCCAGAUGUAGUGGAUGACUUCAGACUUGCAAACCGCAACUCAAAGGGGCACGAGGCGAUCUUCUACUCCCUAUAUGCUUUCUUCACCAAGUUUGCUGCAGGCAUAUCUCUCGGAGUGUCCACGCUCUGUUUACAAUUUGCUGGUUAUGACACAGGCGCGUGCAGACAGCCCCCUCCAGUGGUGUACACACUGAAACUGCUCAUUGGCGCCGCCCCGGUGGCCUGUAUCACGACAGGUCUCUUGAUUCUUGUGGCGUACCCCAUCAGUGAGGACGUCAGAUUAAGAAACAAACUCGCCCUUGAGGAGCUCAGAAACCAGAGCAUGACCUGCAGAGUGCUCAGAGUGGAUCUGAACGGCGUGUAGCGUCUUCAAAGUGCAGAUCUUGAAAUUCCAGCCCUGUGUUGGGAUGAGUGUUAGUGUACAUUACACUGUGAGAGAGCUAAUAUGUUUUCAUGUAAACAUUUGAGUUUGUACCUAUAUUCAGUCUGUUUCUUUCACAUGAACGUUUAACCACAUAAACAACACUGUAUCUAAUUUAUACAUGAGUGGACUGUACAGUAUAUCAUUAGAUAUCAGGAUUUAUAUUGUAUAAGAUAAUUAAUAAUAAUUAUAAAUAUUAUCGAAUUACUUUAUUCCAAGCUUUAUAAAAACUUGUGCUGGUUCGCAUAUCUCUCAAUGAUGAAAUUAAUAAAUAUAUAUUAAACAACCAAGAUCAUUAUUAUUGAAUAUUAGUUAUUCUAUCUAUCUCUCUAUCUACAUUUGUUUACAUUAG